AGUCUUUCCGCCUCCAAAUCUUGACUGCAGAGUGAAGAGAUUAUGGUGGACUGACAAAUGCUGUCUCUGGAGCCUGAAACUGACCAGAUUGCCUGAUUUUCCCAUGCUUCAGCUAACCAAAAGGAGGGGAAAAAAUCAUCCCAGCACGACUGCUGCUUCCAGGUUCUUAUUUGCUCUGAAUCGCCUCUGGCCAGCUCCUCUCCUAGAUGCUUGAUAGUUAUUACUUUAGACUUACCAGUCUAGAUAGAUUUUCAGGCUGGAAUUCUCUCUGUCCCAAAGAUGCUAGUGGUGACUGCUGGCUUACUAGGAAGGAACAUUGGGUUAUCCGAGUAAAACUUUUACCUGGUCCUUAUGCAUUUGCCUGUGCAAAGGGACGGAUUUCCUUGAAGACGACGACAGCAACAGCCCCAUCACCUCAGGAACAACACAUUUAGGGGAAGGGCUGGGCAGAGCUUUCACCAAAAUGGCUCAUGUGUUGCCCUGGUUGCUGCUGUGGCUGGGGUCUGGCAUGGUGCGAGCCAGCCAGCCACAUCUGGGGAUCCGAGUGCCUCUGAGGAAUGGGAUGGGAACCUUGCAACAGGCCCACAGGAUGCAGCGCUCAGCUGAGGAGGAGCGGGAGGAUUCCAGACAAAGAAGCAGUUUUAUGAACAUGAUAGAUAACUUGAGGGGGAAAUCUGGACAGGGCUACUAUGUGGAGAUGACUCUAGGCAGCCCCCCACAAAAGCUCAACAUUCUGGUGGACACGGGGAGCAGUAACUUUGCUGUGGGGGCAGCGCCGCACGCCUUCCUGCGGAGGUACUACCAGCGACAGCUGUCCAGCACCUACCGGGACUUGCGGAAAGGGGUCUACGUGCCAUACACCCAGGGCAAAUGGGAAGGGGAACUGGGGACGGACCUCGUCACCAUCCCCCACGGCCCGAACGUCACCGUCCGCGCCAACAUCGCUGCCAUCACAGAGUCCGACAAAUUCUUCAUCAACGGGUCAAACUGGGAAGGGAUUCUGGGGCUGGCCUAUGCCGAAAUCGCCCGGCCUGACGACACCCUGGAGCCCUUCUUCAACUCGCUGGUGAAGCAGACCCGGGUGCCCAACAUCUUCUCCCUGCAGCUCUGCGGGGCCGGCUUCUCUCCCAACGAGUCCGAGGCCCUGGCGUCGGUCGGGGGCAGCAUGAUCAUUGGGGGCGUGGACCACUCCCUCCACGUUGGCAGCAUCUGGUACACGCCCAUCCGCAAGGAAUGGUACUACGAAGUCAUCAUCGUCAAGAUGGAGAUCAAUGGGCAGGACCUGAAGAUGGACUGCAAGGAGUAUAAUUACGACAAGAGCAUCGUGGACAGCGGGACCACCAACCUCCGGCUGCCAAAGAAGGUGUUUGAGGCUGCAGUGAAAUCCAUCAAAACGGUGUCUUCGACGGAGAAGUUCCCGGAUGGCUUCUGGCUCGGGGAGCAGCUGGUUUGCUGGCAAGUCGGAACCACCCCCUGGCACAUCUUCCCAGUCAUAUCGCUCUACCUGAUGGGCGAGGCGACGAACCAGUCCUUCCGGAUCACCAUCUUACCCCAGCAAUACCUGCGCCCCGUUGAGGACGUGGCCACGUCCCAGGACGAUUGCUACAAGUUCGCCAUCUCCCAGUCCUCCACAGGCACCGUCAUGGGCGCGGUCAUCAUGGAAGGCUUCUACGUGGUCUUCGACCGUGCCCGCAAGCGUAUCGGCUUUGCCGUCAGCACCUGCCACGUGCACGACGAGUUCCGGACGGCGGCGGUGGAGGGGCCCUACCUGCACCCCAACAUGGAGGACUGCGGCUACAACGUCCCGCAGACGGAUGAGUCCACCUUGAUGACCAUCGCCUACAUCAUGGCGGCCAUCUGCGCCCUCUUCAUGCUGCCGCUGUGCCUCAUGGUCUUCCAGUGGCGCUGCUUCCGCUGCCUGCGGCGGGACCACGACGACUUCGCCGACGACAUAUCCUUGCUCAAGUGACGCCCACUCUGCUGGUGCGAGGGAGCAGCCGGCGGGGGGAGGCUGGGAGGGAGAGCGUGAGCUGAGCUCAUCGGCACAGGCUCCUCUGCCCACAGAGUUUGGCUGGGGCUGGAAACAGCACCAGCCAUUGCCCCAGGCCAGAGCCGGGUCUGUUCUUCCCCUGCCCCCUCCAGUGGCUCAGCCAACACUGCCUGGAGCCGUUGGCUCUGCCCUGGGAGCAGGCCCUGGAGCAACGGGUGAGACUUGGCAGCAGGCCAGGACGCUGGGCCUGUCAGCAGGUUUAUAAGGUCACCGUGGGGUACAUUGACGCCUGCUCGCUGUUUAACUCUCCUCUGCGUGCAGCAGCCCCGGACAGCCUGGGAAUCAAACCCCUUUGGUCUCUGGCCAACAUGGACUUGCUCCCUCUCCCUGUUCGGGAUACGGCCUCGCCAAACCACAGCCCUUGUGCUCCAGGGUACACCUAUGCCACACUCUGCGCCCGGGCUCUGACUCAGGUUUGAGCCCAAGCCCCACUUCCGUCCACACACAAACCCAUCUGACUCAGGUCAGCAAGCACUCAGGACCCUGCUGGGGGUGAGUCUGAACCCUACGGAGGCUCAGGUCCAAGCCCUGACAUGUUGCAGUGUGGACACAGCUCAGAGCCUCAGGUCCGACUCAGACAGUCUGUGUCGUGCAGCAUGGACCUGGGAGCACGGCUGGGAGAACCGGCUGCAGCAGCUGUCAGCCCGGGUUUACAGCACAGCGUGGAAACCCCAAGUGCACAGCCCAGGCCCCACAGACCCAAGUUUACAACGGAGUGUAGACACACCCUAGGAGUCCGUGGAGGAAUCAGCCCAGGUCUGAGCAUUGCUUGUUAGCCGCUGCUGCUGCAAAGCCAGCAGAGGGAGCCCAAAACAUUGUUUUUGUGUAGGGCCUACAUAAAUCAUGGUCAUUACAUCUCAAUGGUUUGGGUUUUCAAACAUUGUGAACAGUGGUAGAUUCUAAAAUAGCCAUUUAAAAUCCAGGGGAUAUUCCUCCCCAGGCAGCCACUAAUUUAUAACGCCGGCUGGUCGUGCUUUGGGCCUCCUCUCCUGGGAGGUGCCCCUUUCAGAUCUCCGAACUGGAAAGGCGUACCAAUAGCACCUUCGCUCCCAUGUCAGGCGGGACUGGGCCUCUCAGCGAGAGCCCAGGAGCUGCAGUGAGCCUGGCCUCUCGCAGCGAGUCAGCCUAACACCCCAGCUCCCCUUUCCCCCGCCAGGCAUCGCUGUGACAGACACACAAUGGCAUUCAGGAGGGUCCAUGCCGUCCAGUGCAGUGUGUGCACAUGUCGCUGUCCUGUCUGCUGCAGCCCCUUCUCCUCAUCCCACCCGCCCUCAUCUCAUCUCCGCAGGAUGCCUACAUGCAUCUCAAGGGCCCUUGGCCGUGGUGAAGCGGGAGCAGAGAGAACAGAUCUUCCCCCAACUGGCUCCUGCAUCUCUUCUGCUCCUCACUGACCCGGCUCU